AUGACGACUGUGCAAAAAAUUGAGGAUAUUGAGGCCGAAAUGGCCAGGACUCAGAAAAAUAAGGCUACCGAGAAGCAUUUGGGUUUAUUGAAGGCAAGACUUGCAAAGCUGAGAGCGGACUUACUUAAAGAAGCAGCCCAAAGUUCUGGGGGAGGUGGAGAAGGAUUUGAUGUGAAGAAAACAGGUGUCGCAUCGAUUGGAUUCGUGGGAUUCCCGUCGGUUGGAAAAAGUACACUUCUUACAAAGCUUACAGGUGUGGAAUCAGAGAUAGCAGCAUAUGAGUUCACCACAUUAACUACAGUUCCGGGAUUCAUCAAGUAUAGAGGUGCCAAAAUACAGAUGCUUGACUUACCCGGCAUUAUCGAGGGUGCAAAGGACGGAAAAGGGCGAGGAAAGCAGGUUAUAGCUGUGGCUAGGUCGUGUGACUUGAUAUUCAUUGUUCUAGAUGUUAACAAGCCGUUGAAGGACAAAGAAAUUAUUGAAAGAGAGCUUGAAGGGUUUGGAAUUCGACUGAACAGGGAUCCACCAGAUAUUAUUGUUCAACCAAAGGAAAGUGGAGGCAUCAGUAUCACAAAUACAGUCCCACUCACAAAGAUCACAACUGAUGAAGUGAAAAGUGUGCUUCAGGAGUACAGAAUGAACUCGUGUAACGUAUCAUUUAGAUGCGAUGCGACUGUGGAUGACCUUAUCGAUGUCAUCAAUGCCCAAAAUAGGAGAUACAUCCCAGCAGUCUACGUGCUUAAUAAGAUUGACUCCAUCUCAAUUGAAGAAUUAGAGCUUUUAUACAGAAUUCCAAAUGCAGUGCCUAUAUCAGCGGGAAAAGAGUGGAAUUUGGAUGAGCUCUUGGGUAUAAUGUGGGAUCGGUUGAAUUUGGUUCGUGUUUACACUAAACCUAGGGGAAAGAUGCCUGAUUUUUCGGAUCCAGUUGUUUUACGUGGCCAACAUUGCACAGUCAGAGACUUCUGCAAUAAAAUACAUCACACUUUGGUUGACGAGUUCAAAACGGCACAGGUGUACGGAAGUAGUGUGAAGCACCAGCCUCAGUAUGUUGGCUUGGCGCAUGUACUACAGGAUGAGGAUGUGAUAACGAUAUUGAAGAAGUGA